ACUUAAGUCAAGAAAUGACGUUUCUCAUCAGUUAAGCAAAGUUUCAUGAUCAGAAUUCAGAGCUAGGCAGAUAGCCAAUUAACCUCAGAUCCCAAAGAAAUAUGGAUUCUUCCAACCCCAUCUGUCCAGCCUUGUUUGUGUUCAUCAUCUUGUUAAUCCAAACGCCGGUAACUUUGUGUCAAAAUAGUGAGUUUGAGACCUGCGGUGAGGCAUUCAGCUGCGCCAAUAUUGAAAACGUAGGCUACCCUUUCUGGGGAGGGAGCCUGCCGGCCUACUGCGGCCAUCCAAGCUUUGAGCUGGACUGCAGUAAAGACUUGCCGGAGAUUACAAUCCAAUCGGUGAAAUACAGAGUUGUUAAUAUCAGCAACUGGCCGGCGCAGACGGCCACUAUCGCCAGAGAGGAUUUGACAAGCAAUAUUUGUCCCUCCAAUCCUCGGAACGCAUCCUUGGACUUCAACCUCUUCAGCUACGUUUCUUCUGGAGCCGACAAGAACAUCUCCUUGUUCUACGGUUGCACCAUCACAACCUUAACCCGGGUUCCAUUGGUUUCCAACCUCUUCAACUGCAGUGAAGCGAAUUCCAACUCGACCGGAAAUGGCCUCUGGUCGCCCAGUACUGCAGGAUUGCCCAAUAAUAACAUCAAGUGUGGGUUUGAGAUCUUUGUUACUGUGACUCGAGAAGCUUUUGAGGCUUUAGGUAAUGCUUCCCGGCUUGCUUCGGAGGAGGUCAUGAGAACAUCGGUUGGUGGUGGUUUUGCUGUGGAGUGGAAAGCAAAUAAUAGCUUAUGCGAGGAGUGUAGAAACUCAGGGGGAAUAUGCGGUUCCAAUGCCAAUCACAUUUCAACACAAUUUGUUUGCUAUUAUGGUAUUCCUUUUCCUUCUCCCUUUUCUAUCACAUUGGGUUAUAGAAAUUUUGAAUCUAAAGAAGGGCUUAGCACUGGUGUGAAUAUUCCUUUUGGCUAUCUGCUUGGCAUAUUCGGAAUAAUACUAACUUCAAUGUUUAUAUGUUGCUGCUGCUGCAAAAGGAAGAGUGAUGAAAGCCUAGAAAAAAUUGAAGCAUUCAUAAGGACUAAUGGAUGCAAUGCUACCAAGGUAUAUACUUAUUUGGAUAUAAAGAAAAUGACCAAUUCAUUCAAAGACAAAAUAGGCGAAGGAGGUUUUGGUAGUGUAUACAAAGGAAAACUGCCUGAUGGAUGCCCGGUAGCUGUGAAGCUAUUGACCGACACAAAGGGGACUGGAGAAGAUUUCAUAAAUGAAGUUGCUAGCAUUAGUCGAACUUCCCAUGUGAACAUUGUUAUUCUUAUGGGGUUCUGUUACCAGAAGAAAAGAGCUUUGGUCUAUGAAUUCAUGCCUAAUGGAUCAUUAGACAAGUACAUAGGCAACAAGGGGUCACAAAAUAUGAGUUGUCUGGAGUGGAAGACGUUGUACCAUAUUGCAAUUGGCAUUGCUCGAGGACUAGAAUAUCUGCACAGAGGGUGUAACACAAGAAUCAUGCACUUCGACAUUAAGCCUAACAACAUUCUUUUGGACAAGGAUUUCACCCCCAAAAUCUCUGAUUUCGGCCUGGCAAAACUGUGCAAGAAAGAGCAGAGCAUUGUAUCGCUAUCAGCGUGUGGUGUUAGAGGAACAAUAGGAUACAUUGCUCCAGAAGUUAUCUUCGGAAGCAUUGGAAAUGUCUCACACAAGUCCGAUGUUUAUAGUUAUGGAAUGACGGUUAUUAACAUGGUGGGAGUAAGGGAGAACGUAAACGCGGCUCAAACGAGUGACUUAUAUUUCCCGAAUUGGAUAUAUGAGCAUCUGGAGCAAGGAUUAGAUUUCAGUCUUGAAGGCAUCAGAGAUGAGGAGGAUAAAGAAAUGGCAAUGAAGAUGAUAUUGGUUAGUUUGUGGUGCAUCCAAACAAAUCCAGCAGACCGCCCUUCCAUAAGAAGAGUGGUGGAGAUGUUGGAGGGAAGCAUUGCCUCCUUGCAGAUUCCACCCAAACCGGUUUUCUGUCCUCCAACCGAGUUCCCUCAGCUGUUCUCUACAUCAUCAUCAGUUACCACAGAAAUUUGAUGCAAGAAAGGGUCCAUAAUGUAUCAAAUGAGGAUUUUAAGUUUGGGAUCUUAUGACAUAA